GGUCUGAAAGCAGCGGCGUGUCUUUUCCAGCAGCUGCGCCAGAUGUUUGCGUGCUCCCACAAUGCGCCAGGGUUUGGUGCGGUGGGAGGGAAGGAAGGAGGGACGACUUACAGCUAACGGGAGGAAAAUGCUGAUGGCUGCUCGGUCCCUGCUAACAUCCUCGAAAAACUCGCAGCUGUAAGCCGAAAACAGCCUGGAAAACCACUCCGCCAUGGACUCUCUGAGCGCCUUCGUAUGGAUAUUAGUAGUAGCUUGUGAAGGCCAUAAACAAAUCCAGGCUUUAGUCGACUCUACACAGAAGGCUGUAUCUCGUACAGGCGUGGUCACCAUCAUCUCUCGCUCACAUGCGGACCGGAACGUCUACCCUUCAGCUGGAGUUCUGUUCGUUCAUGUCCUGGAAAGGGAAUACUUUAAAGGGGAAUUUCCACCAUAUCCAAAACUAGGGGAUAUCAGUAAUGACCCAAUCAUCUUUAAUACCAAUCUGAAGGGUUACCCAGACAGGCCCGGGUGGCUGCGCUACAUCCAGCGAACGCCACACAGUGACGGAGUCCUUUACGGCUCACCCACUGCGGAGCAUGCAGGCAAACCAACCAUCAUCGAGAUCACUGCUUAUAAUCGACGCACUUUCGAAACGGCAAGGCACAAUUUGGUCAUUAACAUCAUGGGUACAGAAGAAUUUCCCCUGCCCUUUCAGGCUGAGUUUUACAUUAAAAACAUGAACGUAGAGGAGAUGUUAGCCAGCGAGGUCCUGGGAGACUUUCUGGGUGCUGUAAAGAAUGUGUGGCAACCUGAGAGGCUCAAUGCCAUUAAUAUCACUUCAGCGCUGGACCGCGGUGGACGUGUGCCCCUGCCUAUUAACAACCUGAAAGAGGGUGUGUACGUGAUGGUGGGAGCGGACGUGCCGUUCUCGUCAUGCUUGCGUGAGGUGGAGAGUCCUCAGAAUCAGCUGCGCUGCAGUCAGGAGAUGGAGCCAGUCAUCAGUUGCGACAAGAAAUUCCGCGCUCAAUUCCACAUCGACUGGUGCAAAAUCUCGUUGGUGGACAUAACAAAAAUAAUCCCUGUGCACAACAGCCGUCCAGAGCCGGGCACGGGAGUGCUGCCAGAUAUUGGGGAAUACAAUCCGCCCUCGGAGUCACUGAGAAGUCGAGACUAUUUCGCUGACUUCCUGAUCACACUGGCUGUGCCCUCUGCUGUUGCUCUGGUCCUCUUUGUCAUCCUGGGCUAUUCGAUGUGUUGUCGCAGAGAAGGAGUGCGAAAAAGAAACAUGCAAACACCAGACAUCCAGCUGGUGCAUCACAGCUCCAUACAAAAGUCAACAAAGGAGCUGCGCAGUAUGUCGAAGAACAGGGAAAUCUCCUGGCCUCUGUCUACGCUGCCUGUGUUCAACCCAGUGAGUGGAGAAGUGGUGCCACCGAUCCACCCAGAAAACUACGAGACCACCAGCAUGCCACUCAUGCAGACCCAGACAAAUCUUCAAAAUCAGAUGCAGAUUCCACAGCAGCAGCCUUUGGGAGAUAAUUACAGUUUGUCCACAUUUCGAAGGCUCGAGGUAAAUGGUAUUCCUGAAGAAAGGAAAGUAGCUGAAGCACUGAAUUUGUGACGACAUCUCUCAUCACACGUAACUUCCUGUGCGGUUCGUGUUUUGCCAAAUCUGCAUGUGCCACAGUUCAACACCAGCGAACAUGAAGUCCAAACAGUAACCAGAGUUACUGAAGGCUACACUCUCAUGACCAUUAUAACUGAACUAUUUAAAUAUCCGACACCAUCUUCUUAAAGGGACCGUUCCACUUUGUAGCUUGACGACUUGAAUUGAAUUUUUGUCCUUCGCUAGCUAUAACAAAGAUGUUUUGAUAAACAAAUGAAUAAACACGGCAAUGUAAAUUAUUCAAAUCUGUCGAUCUAUGAGCAAGUGUUAUUUUUUUCAAUACGGUACUUGAUGCAUUCCAGCGGAUAUGCCGUGAUCAAAAACAGUACAUUACAAAACCUGUUUAACGACAAUGACUUAACAAAAAACAGCAUAUCGAAAAGAAAAUGCAUCAUGUUCACAGUUCAGGACAAAACAGAUACUUACAUCCACAUGGUAUGAAAUUUCUUUUUUUUUUUUUUUACAGCGGUACAAACAAAAUAUACACAAAGUCUAAACAAAUUCUUAAAAAAUCAAAUCCACACAUUUACAAUUGGAUAAAUAGCUGCAAUUUUAAGCGAAUCCAUCAGCUUGUAGCUGAGGUUUUGUUUAAACGCUAAUUCAGGAAAUAAAAUGCUUACUUUUACACAA